AUGCUUCACAGCACCACAGGCCUCCUUGCCUCACCCAACCUUCUCCUGGUCAGCUCAGCAGCAGCAGCAGAAACUCCAUGGACUCCCAGCCAGGUCUCAUGCGACCAGCUGACCCAACAGCAGAAGCAGCAGCAGCAGGAAGGCGAUGACCUGGCAGAACGGGUGGCGGCCUCCAGGGCGCUGUGCGCUGAGCUGGACCGCCAGCGUGCACAGCAUGCCAGCUGGGAGGCCGCCCACCUGGCAGAGCGCCAGAAAAUGCAGGCAGAGGUGCAGCGGGCGGUACUCCAAUUUGCCAGGGAGCACGUAGCUGCAGGCCGCAUUGCCAGGGCAUGGAGGAAAUACAAAGCCAGUCAUCCUCAGAAGCAGAUGCUCCUGAGCAGGAGGAGUCAGCUGACACAGAGACGUGCAUCGACACAAUUGCCCAAUAAGGGGCAGAAAGUGGGCCCACUUGCACCCCUGCACCCCAGGGCUGUCAAGGCGAAUUCAGAUGCCAGGCUGGCGCCCGCUUCUCAGGGCUGCGCAGCUGCCAUGCUGCGGGAAGUCAAGGCGGCAUGCUGCGCACGCGACGAGGAAGCUACCAGAAAACUCAUGGAAGCUGCCGCAGCUGACCCUUUCAGCAGUGCGUCAUUUCAGACAGCCUUCAAUUGGGCUACGAGCCUAGGACUCGACGCAGCAUGCGCAGCGGCAAUGGCUCUCAUAUCGCCGCGGAGAACAGCAGUGUCUGUGCGGCUGGCAAGAGAGGCACUGACCAGCCCAGCAGCCCAGCUGUCAGGGCUGUUUGAGGAAGCGGAGCAGCUGGAGUUGGCUCAGGAGCUGCAGGCAGCUAAACAGAAGCUGCAGCAGAGGCAGCAUGCAGCUGUAGCGGCUCUGCAGGCGGCUGCCAUGCGAACGGACGCUGCCGCCUUUGCAUCUGCCUUGUCAACAGCUUGGCUGUGCAGACUCUGCACGCACAGAAUACCGCCAUAUGUGCUUUACUACUUACUUUCAGGACUGGAGAGCUGCUUGAGCUUGCAAGUGCUGAAUCUCAGCAACAAUGCACUGACCAGCAUCAAGGGUGUGAACAGGCUGACACUGCUCAGGGAGGUAGAUCUUAGUGUGAACAGCAUCAGUAGCCUGGGAGGACUGCAGUGCUGCUCUGCACUGGAGAAACUCAAUUUGGAUGACAACAAGCUCAUAAGUGUGGAAGGCGCCCUGCCAAGUGCAGCCCUUUCCUGGCUGUCACUGGCCAAUAAUUCACUGACAAGCAUUGCAGGCAUCUCUGCCUGCAGCAUGCUGGACUAUCUGUCCGUCCAAGGAAACCAGAUAGCAUCACUGUCAGGGCUGCAAACCUGCACCAGGCUGUGCCACCUGGACGCCGGUCUGAACCAGUUGACGGCGUUCCCAACCACCAGCCUCCCGCUGGAUUCCCUGAGGCACCUUGUCCUAAACGGCAACAGGUAUUUGGAGCAGCGAAGCAAGCUGCUCCCUCAGCUGGAGAAGGAGCACAGCCAUGCGAAGAGGAUGGCGGGCAGGGUGCGGCGGCUGCUAGAGCGGGGAGAGGCGCUGCGGCAACGGUCCGCAAUCACAAUACAGGCGGCCUGGCGGGCUCACAGCACAAGGCGAGCCGCUCAUCAUGCUCAGCGCGAGCAUGCAGCAGCCCGGCAGCGGUCAGCGGUCGAGGAGCGUGCUGCCCUGAUCAUCCAGGCAGCGGUGCGCGGCUGGUGGGUUGCCGUUGCUGGGGUCAUGGAGGAGUGGAACUUCAAGGACUGGGCCACAGCGGAGGCUUUCUACAGGGCACAGCAGCACCAGACACGAUCCAGGAGAGACCGCCAAAGGAACCACUCUCUAAAGUCGUUUUUGCACGAGAUAGGAGUGUUGGAGAAGCUCGCCGCUGACUGUGUCGUGCAUGUGUGA